UUUAUAGUAUUAAAAAAAGUUUAACACCAUAUUCUUUUUUUUUUUGCAAUUUUGGCGAUACUCAUAAGCUUAGCUCUUUUUUUUCUGAAACUUGAGAAAUAUGGCUUAAAAAAUGCAUAUAAUAUUUACAGUUCCGGCAAAAAAAUCGAAAACUUCCUCACAAAUACUAUUAAAGCACUACAAAACGUACCAAAAAAGUAAAUAAAAAAUAACGCAGCCUUAAACAAUUUUUUUUUAUUUCACUCCACCAAACUUUUGCAAUUUUGGGAAUUCCAAUAAAAACAUCGCAAAAGUUUUCGUUAGCACAAACUACUUUUAAAAUAAGAAACAUUUACCAAAAAUUAUUUCUGUUUUUUUGUACGUAAAUAAAAAUAACAAGUUUCAAAGUAAUAAAAAAAAAAUAAAAAUUUUCUUACUUUAGCGCCCUAUACUGUUAACAAAAAGGAGAGUUGGUAAAUUCAACUUACAAGUCUAUUAAAGGUACUAUGUUAGCUUUGCAAAAAUGUAUAUUACUUAAAUAUUCCAAGCACUUUUAUUUUAUUAAAAUUUUGCCUAUGGGAGAAAGCACUGUGUGACGGUCUCUCUAUAAAUGUCCGUAUGGCUUGUCUGUCUAUACAAUAGCGGGUCCAAUUGCCGUCCAUCAGUACGUAGAGAUUCCCUCUGACGUGCCUAGGUGGCGGCUCCGACUUCGCGGAAGUGGGUGCUUGCUGAGCAUGAUUAUGUGCUCUCUUAGUGCGAGAAUUUAGGCCUUACUGUAUAGACGGUGUUCUGGCGGUAGCUACGACCACUGCACUAUGUUUGCGCUAUUACCUUGCAUGUUGCCAACAAUCGUUGCAUUUUUAUGCGCUUCACUGUUUUUAAAAAGCUCGUCAUACCAUCUUUUUCGGUAUCCCUCGCACUCGAGAACAGGGCCAUAGAUCUUACAUAAAAUAGUUCAUAUGUACUUAAGUGUCGAAAGCCUUCUCAUCCUAGUUCGGCAUCGUCCAAGUUUCUUGGCCAUAUAAAAGAACGGGCAUAAUGACGCUGGGGCUUCAAAUUGAAAAAGUAGCACGAGAGUGAAUUGCCUUUUUUGAAAACGGUGAUGGGCACCGCCCUGCCCGAGAGCAAAUCUUUCUCUGCUCAUUGCUGUUCUAAAACCUUGUUAGGUCUAUAAUGGCGCAGAAAGGUCCUCCCUAAUUUUAACGGAGCUGAAAGUUGUGCUUACGACGUUACUCUACAGAGCCGCAUUAGGUUUUUAUAUUUGGCAUGUUUAUUAUUUACUCGAAAAGGAAUUUUGCCCGAUAGGUGGCGCAGAAAUCGAAAUAUUGGGAAAAUCCAUAUAUAUAGUGCGAUUUGGUUCAUAUUUGGAACGUACAAAUAUUAAUUACAUGAAAUGGAAUAAAUCCAUAACAAUUUGCGCGAUAGGUGGCCCAGGUGUGGAGAUAGUACGGAUUGUAUUUAUGGUCCGAUGUGUUUAAUAUUUAGGAACAAACCACCCGAAAAAAAUUUAGCCGUUAGGUGGUAACAAGAGCUCGUCUUUAAAAAAAUUUGUUUCAAAUUACUUGUUUUUAAAUUAUUUUCGAGCCUUUCAGCCUUUUUGUUGGCGCCCAUGGCUUACUCAGUUUUAUAUUAUAUUCGUAAUAUAAAAUCCCAUUUCGCAGUGGAUUUCCAACAUUCUCAGAAUUUUAAAUCUCUCAUUCGCACCAUUGGCGGUUAAUUAGAGGAAAAAAAUGUUUGAGUUGCUAACAGGACGCGGAAUAGCUAAUUUUCGUUCAAGUGAUGCAUUCUUUUACCUCUUCAAGAGUUACACUAUCUUGGGUUCAAAUCCACCAAAAGAUACUGGCCCGCUUUACUACAUUUGGUCAAUACUUCUCAAUGGAUCCAUAAUUUUCAUUUUACCAAUAGUUUGCGUGGUUGGCUCCAUCAUCCAAUAUGCGAGACACGAAAUAGGAACGAUGCGUUUCCUCAACGGCAUACAGGCCGGUCUGAAUGUACUUGGUAUGCCACCAAAAAUUAUAAUCAUGGCGCUAUCCUUGAAUCGAUUGCGCAGUAUUGAACCUACAUUGGCAGCUAUGGAUGCACGGUACAAGAAGCCAGAAGAUGUAGCCCUAAUACGUAGAUCUGCGCUUAUGGGAAACCGAAUGAUUUCAGCUGUUUUUAUAGCGUACAUGUGUUACAUGUUGUUUUCAUUGAUGCCUAAUGUGAUAAAAGGUGGAGUGCCCUUUGGCUUCUGGAUACCUUUCUUGGAUUGGAAUUGUUCCCGAAUAGAUUUCUUAGCGCAGUCCGUGGCUGAUGUGUUCUUCUUCUUUUUCUCAUUAUACUAUCAGGCCUUAAACGAUACAUAUGGAGCAGUGUAUAUCUACGUUAUACGGGCGCAUUUGCAGCUUUUACGCCGCCGAGUUCAACAAUUGGGCACGGACGCUGAGAUGAGUAGCGAAGAUAAGAUGGAAGAGCUCGUAGAUUGCAUUGUUACGCAUCAGCAGAUUUUAGAGUUGGUAGCGGUAGUGGAACCGGUUAUUUCGAAAACAAUAUUUACGCAAUUUUUGAUAUUUGCUUCAAUUUUGUGUGUCACUAUGAUAAAUAUAUUCAUUUUUGCUGAUCUAAGCACACAAAUCUCGGCGACAGUGUACCUGCUGUGCGUUUUACUGCAGACGUCACCAUGUUGCUAUUACGCUACACAAUUAAUGACGGAGAGCGAGAAAUUGCCCGAUGACAUUUUUCAUUGCAAUUGGGUGGAUCAGGAUCGAUGUUUUCGUAAAGCGAUCAUUUAUUUUAUGCAUCACUCUCAAAGGUCAAUUGAAAUAAAAGCCAUGAAGUUAUUUACUAUCAAUAUGGCUACGAAUGUUUCAAUUGCUAAAUUUUCCUUUACACUAUACGCUUUCAUAAAGCAAAUGGGAAUUGGCCAAAAUGCCAAUGAUUGAUGGUAGAUAUAUAAUGGACACAAGAAUAUCAAACAUAUAGCAGUGGAAAUACUCAUAUGUAUGUAUUAUCAAUGCGCUUUUGGUGAUUUUAAAAACUUCGAAAAGAAAAAAUGUAUCUAUGUUGAAUAAGAUUGCACUUGUAGUUUGCCCACAACUUUAGUUGAAAAAAUUAUAUUUUAAAUAUUCAAUAAAUUACAGGACAAAAAUAGCAACAAAAGUCUCGUAAAACGAUUGCCAAUUCUGGCAGCUUUCUUGAAAGCUCCUUUCUCCGAAAGACUAAUUGAAAGAUUUGCUAACGAGGAGGUCUUAGCAUC